AUGGAUGAUUCAGCUGCUGCUUAUGUGCCGGAUAUCACUAAGUCGCUUACAGAUGCGUCAUCCCCUUACUUUCUACACUCAUUUGAUCAACCCAACCAAGUAAUUGUUGAUGCAGUUCUCAACGGGGACAAUUACCCUGCUUGGCGAAGAUCCGUAACCCGUGCCUUGAAUGCCAAAAACAAAUUGGGUUUUGUUCUCGGCACCAUUAAACGUCCAACCACCGAUACAACCGCUACACUACUCUGGGAUCGAUGUUGCGACAUGAUAAUGUCAUGGCUUCUUCAUUCUAUUGAUAGAUUUCUCACCGGAAGUCUCAUCUAUUGUGCAACACCUAACGACCUAUGGAUUGAACUGGAAACUCGUUUUCAGCAAAGUAAUCAAACAAAUUUUUUUCUUUUGAAACGUGAACUUGCAAACCUCAACCAAGAGCAACAGUCCAUCACAGCCUACUAUGGAAAAUUAAAGGAACUUUGGGAUGAAUUAGCUUCACUCCAGCCCAUAAAUCCAUGUACUUGCGGUGCAACCAAAACACUUUCUAAAAUUCAACAUUCGGACAGAGUGUACCAAUUUCUCAUGGGGUUGAACAAUAGUUACCAGCAACUCCGAUCUCACGUUUUGGCCAUGGAUCUCCUCCAUUCAAUUGGGCGUUGCUAUGCCAUUCUCCACCAAGAACAAGCCCAACACCUGGCCCAAAUCUCCACUUCCCGACCUGAAAUUUCAACUCUAAAUACCCGGACUUCGAUGUCGCAGAAAACUUCAUACCGUCCACAGCGUGUCUGGUCAAGUGGAAUACCCGUCUGUGAAGCUUGUGGUCGGCAGGGACAUCAACGUGAAAACUGUUUUGAGGUCAUUGGUUACCCGGAAUGGUGGCCAUCAAGAGGAAAACGUGGCGGAUAG